AUGAUUCGGCAAUCAGAGUCACCGGCACGCACAAUCGAUUCGCACGACUCUACCGUCGACAGCAUGGACACGAUUGUGGAUCGCAGCGUUAAUCGCGAGGAGCUAUUGCAAGCUGCUAUUGAGCAGAGCAUGAAUACGACGAAUGCACAACAUGACAGUCUCACUAAUUCACAAAAAUCCAUAUUGCAGCCAAAUAGCAGCAGUUGCAGUGAUACCGAGGAACACCAACAACAGUUAAGCCAACAAAAACAACAGCAACUACACGCCGAUGCGCAGAGUCACAUCUACUCGAGCCCUGUGUACGAUCAGAAGCCACCACUGAAAUUAACGGCCGCCACAUUGGUCGCCUCCGUCACAACCAACAACAAUAACACUGGCACAGGCAAUAACACGGAUGAUGCAAAAAAACCGAAAUUGAUGACGCACGAAGAAUUCCAACAACAAUUAGAGGCAACAAUUGCUUCACGUGCUACCACACUCGAUUCACGUAUCAGCAAGAAGCAGCGUUUUCCACCGGGAUUGAUUAAAAUCAAAGAUGGCGACGGCAGCUCUUUGAAUUCGGCAAAAGCGGCAAAAUAUCAAAGACGUGCCAAAUCCAGCGCCGACUGCUGUUCGGCCUUCCCAUGGCAAAUCGUUUUGGGCUCAUUACAGCUAAUGCUGGCCAUUACCCUGGUGGCGCUCGGUUCGCUGCUAAUUGUGCGCGAAGCAGCACUAUCCACGGCUGGUUGUGGCAUUUGGACUGGUUUGGUGGCCGCCAUUACGGGUUCACUGGGUGUGGUAAGCAUACGGAAGACACAGACUGCCUUCUUGGCGUUGAGCCUGGUGUGCAUUGCGACGAGCACUUUGGCCUUGGCAGUUUCCGGUGUGGGCCUAUCUAGGGAUGUCAACCGCAUGGAGGAAAAGUUUGACCUGUUGAAUGCGAGCAGUGUAGUCUCGGCUGCUUCGGGUUUGAUUUUGACUUUGUUUUUGCAUUUCGUGGUUAGUAUUGUUUCGGUUUAUCGAUGCGCAUUGCAGAUAUGUUCAAGUGGUUACCAUAACAAAUUUGCCACCAGUACCUCGCAAAUUCCUCAAUUUACGUACUCAUUUCGUCAUAUGUGGCAGCGCUUCGCAAACUGUCAAAUGCUGACGAAUCAGUGCAAAUCGGACAAUAAGCUAGCAGCAGUAGUAGUGAAGUGA